AUGCGGCGGCGGGGGGGCUCCCUGCCGUCCCUCGUCUGCACUUUAGCCGCCCUCAGCCUGCCGCUGCUUCUGGCCGCCGAGCCCCGCGCUAAAAGUUGCUCCGAAGUGCGGAGGCUCUACGCCGCCAAAGGCUUCAGCCAGAGCGAAGCGCCCAGCCACGAGAUCAGCGGCGACCACUUGAAAGUCUGCUCACAAGCCUACACGUGCUGCACUCAAGAAAUGGAAGAGAGAUACAGUCAACUGAGCAAACACGACUUCAGAAACGCCGUCGUAGAGCUUAGCAAUCACUUACAAACAAUGUUUAGUUCCCGAUACAAGAAGUUUGAUGAGUUCUUCAAAGAGCUUCUGGAGAACGCCGAGAAGUCGCUGAACGACAUGUUUGUGCGGACGUAUGGCCGGUUGUACAUGCAGAACUCAGAGCUGUUCAAGGACCUCUUCGUGGAACUGAAGCGGUACUACGUGGGUGGCAACGUCAACCUAGAGGAGAUGCUCAACGACUUCUGGGCACGUCUGCUGGAGCGCAUGUUCCGGCUGGUGAACCCGCAGUACCACUUCACGGAUGAGUACCUUGAGUGUGUCAGCAAGUACACGGAGCAGCUGAAGCCCUUCGGGGACGUGCCGCGCAAGCUGAAGCUUCAAGUGACUCGAGCGUUUGUGGCAGCCCGCACCUUCGCGCAAGGUCUUGCCGUCGCCAGGGACGUCGUCAGCAAAGUGUCCGCGGUGAACCCUACACCACAGGGUGCGCAAGCACUGCUGAAAAUGAUGUACUGCCCGCACUGUCGAGGUCUGAUAUCAGUGAAGCCCUGUUACAAUUACUGCUUUAAUGUCAUGAGAGGCUGCUUGGCCAACCAAGGGGAUUUGGAUACAGAGUGGAAUAUCUUUAUGGGUUCGAUGCUGCUGGUCGCAGAGAGGCUGGAGGGGCCUUUUAAUAUUGAGUCAGUCAUGGACCCCAUUGAUGUGAAAAUUUCAGAUGCAAUCAUGAAUAUGCAGGAGAACAGCAUGCAAGUGUCUCAGAAGGUUUUCCAGGGAUGUGGCCAACCAAAAACACUCACCCAAGGUCGAACCGCUCGCUCCGUCUCUGAGGGUGGUUUCAGUGCUCGUUUCAGACCCUACAACCCUGAAGAGCGGCCGACCACAGCUGCAGGCACGAGCUUGGACAGGCUGGUUACUGAUGUGAAAGAAAAGCUGAAGCAGGCCAAAAAAUUUUGGUCAUCUCUCCCUGGCAAUAUUUGCAGUGAUGAAAAGAUAUCUGUGGGCACAGGCAAUGAGAAUGAGUGCUGGAACGGGAGCGCCAAGAGCAGGUACGACUUUGCAGUGACUGGAAACGGCUUAGCGAGUCAAGUGAACAACCCAGAGGUGGAAGUUGAUAUUACCAAGCCAGACAUGGUGAUUCGCCGGCAAAUCAUGGUUCUGAGGGUGAUGACCAACAAGCUGAAGAAUGCGUACAGUGGGAACGACGUCGACUUCAUUGACGUCAGUGAGGAGAGCAGCGGGGAGGAGAGCGGCAGCGGCUGUGAGUUCCAGCAGUGCUCCACGGAGUUCGAGUUCAACGCGACUGAAGUUACUGGAAACUCCAACAAGAGUGAUAAAAAAGUGAACACUUCUGCCGCUCCCAGUAGCGGUUUAUCACAAGCAGCCUUGUUCCUUAGCAUUUUGGUCUUGGCCAUGCAAAGACAAUGGAGAUAAUUGUGCAGCAUAGGGAGAAAAACAAGACUUUUAUUAUCAAACGUUAGAAGGCACCUGCUUUCUCUUUUAUACCAUCUAGUGACUUUGCUUUUUAAGUUAAUGGACAACAGUGUACAGUUUUUACUAUGUUGCCACUGGUUUUAAGAUACUGGUAUUUUUUUCCCUUGCUAUUCUGGGAUUAACAGGAAUGGGGCCUGUCAGUCUGUCCCGUUCACCAAGAGUCCAUGAUAGAGGUGGAUAACAAAAAUGUAUAUACAAGCCUGUAGUUAGCUCUGCAUUCGUCUUUAUCACUUUUCUUUUUUUUUUUUUUUUUUUAAUGUUAUUUUAUUUUACCACAUCUUUUACGAGAAGAAGAAACCCACGGUCCUCUCUUGGCAUGUAACAAGUAUGUGUUUCUGAAAUGAGGAAUAUCUGUACAGAAGCAGGUUUUAUUUAUCAUGUUAUCUUGUGGGGAAAAAUAAUUACCAAACAAGCAGAAAACGUGUUUCAUGUAGUUAACUUCCCAUUUAUCCGCCUUAUGUUAGUUGCCUUAUCUGGAAAGAAGUGGAAGGAAUUUGUCUUUAUGAUGAAAAAGAAGAUGAAGGCAGAGCUGGUCAGCGUGCCAAACGCCCCAUGUGCAGAAGGUGGUGAUGCCAGGAGCAGGUUGUACUUUCUUUACAGGAUGUCUGGUUAAAUUGGAAGAGACUGUGGAGAAAUCCAGUUUUGUGGAUGCUGAGAAGAGUUAUAUCACGUGUUCCCCCGGAUCCUUGCGAUUAGCUGUAACUCGUGUAGGUCAGUCCCCAACAUGCAUCCCCCAUGGGAAUAAGGCAUUAAACUUGUUCAGCUGGAA